AUGCACGGCAACGAAAACUUGGUGGUGGAAAGCCGAACCACCGAAGCACACGCUUGGUUGAACCUGUACGAUGAAGCGCACGAAAUGAUGAUGGCAUCCUUUGUGUCGUAUCACAUUACCUUUUUGCCACGAGAAAAUCGGGUGGGUCGACUGAAGCACUCCAAUUGCGUCUUGGAGAAACUGCACGCUUGUACCGGCGCCGACGGUGACAUGACGACGGAAUUGCACCCCUGCGACUUUGGGGGAUUGUGCGAGACAACUACGACUAUAUCGCCGCCAACUAUCCCUUUGGUAGUCCCGACUUUGGCUGGUACCAAGUUCUGCAACGCUACGAGCGCUCGCUCAUGA